CAUCCUUGUCAGUGAACAACACACAAAAUGGCGUCUUACUGUUUGACUGUCGCCAGAGUGCGGGUGGCCCUGGGAACUGGGGCGAGACGGUUUCAUGUCUCUGCAGCCUUCAGCGCCAAGGCCAAAGUGGCCAUGAGCCGCUUUGAGCCUGGUUCCAGCAUCAACUAUGAGAAGAUGCAUGAGAACAUCAACAUUGUACGCAAGAGGCUCAACAGGCCUCUCACUCUGUCGGAGAAGAUCGUGUACGGCCACCUGGACGACCCAGCGGGGCAGGAGAUCGAUCGCGGCCGCACUUAUCUGCGCCUGCGUCCCGACCGCGUGGCGAUGCAGGACGCCACGGCUCAGAUGGCGAUGCUUCAGUUCAUCAGCAGCGGUCUGCCCAAGGUGGCGGUUCCCUCCACGAUCCACUGUGAUCAUCUGAUCGAGGCUCAGAUCGGAGGGGCCGAGGACCUGCAGAGGGCAAAGGAAGUGAACCAGGAGGUGUACAACUUUCUUGCAACUGCUGCAGCAAAAUAUGGGGUUGGCUUCUGGAAGCCAGGCUCAGGGAUCAUCCAUCAGAUCAUCCUGGAGAAUUAUGCCUAUCCUGGAGUGAUGCUGAUCGGCACCGACUCCCACACGCCCAACGGCGGUGGUCUGGGUGCCAUCUGCAUUGGGGUGGGUGGAGCUGAUGCUGUAGACGUCAUGGCUGGAAUCCCAUGGGAGCUCAAAUGCCCCAAAGUGAUAGGUGUGAGGCUGACUGGAACCCUGUCCGGCUGGACUUCUCCCAAAGACGUCAUCCUGAAGGUAGCUGGCAUCCUGACGGUGAAAGGUGGCACAGGGGCCAUUGUGGAGUAUCAUGGGCCUGGAGUUGACUCAGUCUCCUGCACUGGAAUGGCCACUAUCUGUAAUAUGGGUGCUGAAAUCGGAGCCACUACAUCCGUGUUCCCCUACAACCACCGUAUGAAGACAUACAUGGAGAAAACUGGCCGUGGAGAGAUUGCCACUGUGGCAGAUCGCUUCAAAGACGACUUGGUCCCAGAUCAAGGCUGUGAAUACGACCAGCUCAUUGAGAUCAACCUGAGCGAGUUAAAGCCCCACAUCAACGGCCCGUUCACGCCCGACCUGGCUCACCCCGUGUCCGACAUCGGGGCCAUAGCCACGAAGAGCGGCUGGCCCCUGGAGGUUAAAGUUGGCCUGAUCGGCAGCUGUACCAACUCGAGCUACGAGGACAUGGGCCGGGCCGCCUCUCUGGCCAAGCAGGCUCUGGACAAAGGCUUGAAGUGCAAGGCCCAGUUCACGGUUACCCCUGGUUCUGAACAAAUCCGCGCCACUAUCGAGCGGGACGGAUACGCAAAGAUCUUGAGUGAUGUUGGAGGAAUUGUACUUGCCAAUGCUUGUGGACCCUGCAUCGGACAGUGGGACAGGAAGGAUGUGAAAAAAGGAGAGAAGAACACAAUCGUCACGUCUUUUAACAGGAACUUCACUGCCAGGAAUGAUGCUAACCCAGCUACUCAUGCUUUUGUCACCUCUCCUGAGAUCGUCACUGCUUUGGCCCUCGCCGGGACCCUCAACUUCAACCCUGAGACUGACUACCUGACUGCUCCCAGUGGGGAGAAGUUCAAGCUGGAACCCCCCACCGGUGACGAGCUUCCCUCCAGAGACUUCGACCCGGGCCAGGACACCUACCAGCACCCCCCCACUGAGGGCAGCUCGGUCAAGGUGGAUGUGAGCCCCUCGAGUAACCGUCUGCAGCUGCUGGAGCCCUUUGACAAGUGGCAUGGGAAAGACCUGGAGGACCUGAGGGUUCUCAUCAAGGUGAAGGGAAAGUGCACCACCGACCACAUCAGCGCCGCCGGACCUUGGCUGAAGUUCCGCGGUCACCUGGACAAUAUCUCCAACAAUCUACUGAUCGGCGCCGUCAACAUCGAUAACGACGCAGUCAACAAGGUCAAGAACCAGCUGACGGGAGAGUAUGGAGGUGUGCCAGAUGUGGCCCGUCACUACAAGGCCAGCGGAGUGAGCUGGGUGGUGGUCGGAGACGAGAACUACGGAGAAGGAUCCAGUCGGGAGCACGCCGCCCUGGAGCCGCGACACCUGGGAGGGCGCGUGAUCAUCGUCAAGAGCUUUGCCAGAAUCCACGAGACUAAUCUGAAGAAGCAGGGCCUGCUGCCUCUGACUUUUGCUGAUCCCAGUGACUACGACAAAAUCCGCCCCGAUGACAAGAUCUCCAUCACGGGCCUGAAAUCCUUUGCUCCGGGCAAGCCCCUGACGGCGGUGAUCAAGCACAGCGACGGCAGCCAGCAGCUCAUCUCUCUGAACCACACCUUCAAUGAGACGCAGAUCGAGUGGUUCAAGGCUGGCUCCGCCCUCAACAGGAUGAAGGAGCUCCAGUAGUGGGUGAAGAGGAGGGCGGCGGGGCCUGUAGGGCUGAUGGAAGGGUCUUGAUGUGGGUUGAGAAGGGGAAGAACGUGGACCUGGAGAGGGGAUUUGCAAAGAGGGACAGACGAUGCGAACAGUGGAGGGUAACCAGAGGUUAUUUUGGGAAAAGUGCAGCCAUGCUUGGUUAAAGAAAGAACACAAACAUUAACUUGCGUACACACACAGAAGGCCGCUGACACACAUACAGGGACAGGAUUACUGCUAAAGCACUCCCAUGCAUGUGCACUCCUUUAAAAUCAGGUUAGUUAAGCUUAUUUGUUAAUUGCAGCAUUCAGGUGACUGUUUCAUAGAUGCUGAUCUUUUCCACUGAACAGGGCGGCGUUUUACUGUUUUAUUUAUUUAUGCCACGCUGGUGUCAAUAAUGAUCAGAACUAGAAGUAUACAAACCUGAUUUAGACUCAGAAUAAUAAAGUCAGAUCUGUAAUAUUGUCAAAAAUAGUUGAAGCAGCUACAAGUAAAAGUUUAUAGAAAUCUGGAAGUGGCAACAAAAAGAGAAGAAUUUGAAACCGUACAGAUUUCUUGCAGGUGUUCCCUCAGAUCUUCUCUUUUCUGAGCCACCUCCACCACAUUAGGUUCAAGCUCAAGGUCAGUAUUUUGUGGCUUCACCCAACAUUUUAAAAGUCCUCCAUCUAACCCAUUGCACCGUCAAAUUCAGCUCUUGUCAUGUUUAUACUAUCACAUCUGAUGAGUGAAAACUUGGCUAGAACGUCCCGUCACAGACCAGAUUUUCUAAACUCUAAGAACAGAGCCAGGAGGUGGUGCAGAAGUCUGGUUUUCUCUCAGACCACUUGAGUUACAAUAUGCUGAAAGGUUUGAUUUUUCUUAGUAAUGCCAAAAAAAAUGCUGCCUACUCCAGCUUUAACACCUGAAAUUACAAAACCACUCCAAAACUAGACAGAGACAGGUGUCCUUUACAUCUAACUUUCUCUCAGUAUCGACCACUGGAAGCUCAAAAACCCCGAAUGAGUCGUUUGACUUUCACGUACUUGCCCUUUAUAGGCAGCCUUGGACAGCAGUAACUCUGGGCAGGUGAGAGGUAGAAUAAACAUUUCCAGGCCCUUCUAGCCUUUCUGUGUCCGAUGCGAUGCAGAAUGCGAUGGCUCCGACUGCGACGUUAACUCCAAAACAGCGACAAACAGUUGCUGUACGUGAUUCCAGUUCUAUGAGCACAAAGGGAAUAGAACAGUGGAGGUGUGUUAUGUUGGCUGAUAUGAUGGAGAGAAGCUGCUGCAGCUCGAGGACAGAGGGAGGCUGAAACAUGGCUGCUUGUGGUCCUGCCCUGAGUUUAACCAGUCAAGCCCCACACAGUGGUUUUUCUAGGCCCUCCGAAAGCGGUUCUAACAUGCACAAAGGUUUGAACCUCCCUGACAGUGGAAAAGGACUUUUUAUCUCUGAAUUCUAAAUCUGAAGAUCCUCUAAAGUGCAUCUUAAACAUUGAGUUACCUUGAUCUAGGUGUCCUUUACUGCUUUCUGAUGCCAUCCCUGACUCAUAUUAGUCAUUGGUGAUUGGGGCAGCAAUAUAAGCGAACUCCCAGGCUCGCUCACGACUGUAAGCGACAUUAAUGAAAUCCCUCUCACUCGCUCGACUUUUCAUGCUGCUGCUGUUGUACUCGCUGACAUUCCCAGCUGCUCACUUAAUGCUCACAUGCAAGGUUGGUCUUUUUGCACCGUUGUGUAAAAACUGCCCCUUCAGACUCAGACAACAAACCAACCAUUGUGUUGGCCGUUCCAUUUGUCCUUUCCGUCUGUGUGUGUGAUGAUGAUUGGUUUUCUCAGGUUACUCCGUGUCUGCAUCUGUUUGUCCUUCUUUGCUGGCGCCGCUCUACUUUUUUUAUUUGAGCAAGUUGACUCCAACCUGACCUGUUUGGUGAAAUAGGCUUUAAUCCGGUUUGUGUUGCUGGGCGGUGAGCCUGUACUUAGCGAGUUGUUUUAUGUCAAUUUUAGUGUCGUUAACAAACCCAAGAAAUCUUCCGUGCCCAUAGCAGAAUGCAGUAAAGCUGUAUAGUAUCACACUCCGCUCCUAUGUCAUAGAUCUGUCGUUCUGUUGUCCCAGUUAAACCCUCUGGGCAGAUCAGUUGGCCGUCCAGCUCAGACCUGUUAUGUGAUUUCUCUUUGUUUAGGUACCAGUUCUUUCAGUUAGUCUUCACUAUCAUCUGAACCUGCCAAUGUGUGAAACUCCCCCGUCUAGCUGUACUAAGAGACGAGAGUGUUUAUCUUUGAACUGAAUGUUUUUUUUCAGGUUGAGGCUUGGUCCUCCAUAGUCUUGGAAAGGCCUGCUGUCUUCUUGAGCAACAUAACGCACAAUCUAGUGUCCAGAUGCCUGUACACUGGCACUUUGUAGAGUUAGGGACGUAGUUGUAGGUGUCGUCUGACAUGCGUUGAUUUUCCCCCGACAGCGUACGCACGAUUCUUCUUCCUGUUUCCGAACGGUAGAAAGACUCAAGAACGUUCUUGGUGCCACUGAAAAUGUGUGGUUGUGUGUUUUCUGGGAUGUUGAAGCAGAUUUCUGGUGAUUUCUGUGGGAGUGCUGUUGGUCCUUUGUUUUGUUCUCCCUCUUACGCACAAAGUCUAUAGACUUAUUCCCUCUUGAUUUUGCUGUUGCACUAAUAAAAAUGUAUUUAUGAGGCAAACCCCCCUCAAGCCACAGAGUUGGGACGUGACUGUGAUGAUGUGGUGUAGAGCUACACAAUGACCAGACGUGUAUACAUAAGUAAUACAUGAUAAUAUAUAUAUUUAAAUGUCUAAUUAAAUACAAACUAUAUGAUAUACAUAUAAGUAACGUGUUGUAUGCUGCCUGUGUAACUGAGAGGAUGGUGUGUGAUAUUUUAUAACAGCGUGUGACCUAAAGCGGUUCCUGCAGGGCUUUGACUGUGGAAAAUAACUUACUGUUAAGGUAACGCUUAAAGGCUUUUUGUAUUUUGCUAAUUUUCACUUUUGUUUGAAUUAUGAAGAUGAUUCUAAAUUGCAGCAGCAGUUUGUGUCACAAACAUGAUUUGAUGUUGCUGCUGCGCUCCUCGCCGUGACGGUUAAAAAACUCAUCGUCAGUGUGUCAGGUUUACAGCCAAAGAUGCCUGAAGAAAGAACCGGGACGAUGAGAAGUACUGGUUAUCCAUGAUGUGUUUCCUACAAUCUAAAUGUGUCAUUAGACAUUUCAUCAACGUCACUGUGACCGUGAUGAUGAUUUGAUUCAGGCUUUUAAAAACAUUUGAAAAACUACUGAUUGAUUUGAUCAUCCUCUUUUCUUGUCUUCUGCAAAUUGUGAAGCUCAUACUGUGACAUACGAUGAUGUUUAUCCACUGGUUCGAGCCUUUGAGCUUUAAAGCACUGCUGUAAAGUGAGAAAUCAUGAAAGCAUUGUGUGGCGGCUUUGAUGCUAAUGGUGUCAUUCUGUACUCAGGUAUGCUCGGUUUGAUCAGACUCCUGCUGAUAUGUUUGAAAUCAACUCUUCAACGUGCCCCAUUUGUUCCGAUGCAGUAAAUAAACACAGAAUAUGACCUGAUGUUAUUCCACAGCGGUAAAUAUCCUCACACUCCUGUUUUAGCAACUUAAUCUUGUCAAAGUAAAGUUGAAAUUGAAAAUGCCUGCAGUUUUGUAGCUCACAAAAUUUCAAAUAUCUCAAUAUUUACAUUAUGAGUAGUGAAAUAAUAAAGAUCAAAUUCUGAAGUGAA